ACUGGUCACUGCAGCUUUGCUCUUCAAUGAACCAUCACAGCUGAGGUCAACACACAGCACAAUGCAGCAACAACCAAAGAAACAUAGCAAACCUGAGCCGCCAUCUGUGCCGGCUGAUCGAGCCGAGCAAGUCUAUGUCAUUGAGGCAAGAAGUAACAGAAUAAGGGACAUGAUGCGAUGGUCGGUGGACGACUUAGAGAAGGUCAUCGUGUAUUUUAAACAUCGUAUUGCCAUUGAGGAGAAAUAUCAGCAAUCGUUAUCGCAAAUUCCUGCUAUUCUCGAUGAUAGUACAUCGGAAAAGAGCAAGUACAAUUAUAUAGACACCAGUGCCCAACAAGCUUUUGUGCAAAUGAAAGCUUUCGGCAAUCAUACCCGCCUGGUGCGAACGGCUUACAUCGAAAAGAUGAAGAACCAAGUGAAGGAUUUGACCGAUUUGCGCAUACAGCAUGAAAAGCUGAUGAGAUAUCACCGAAGAAAGAUGCAUGACUGCAAUGUUGAAUAUGCACAGUGUCUUUUAGGCGAGCUCCCUAGGGCUCGUACUGCCUACGAGCAGAAAUGCAAAGAAUUGGAGCUGGCACAAACCCAAAUGGCCAACCAACUUCCCACAACACCCACCUCUCCAUUCUCACAAACUAGUCUUCCAUCACCGCGUCCGAGUAAGUCCACAGGAACUGCAGGCAGUAUUGUGGGCACUUCCCAUGAAGAUAUACCGCUGCCCGGCUCACCUCAAUCUUUUCGACAUGGGGAAUUCCACGAUGAUAUGUCGUUGGCUGGGUCACCAUGGUCGCCUAACUCUCCGGAUCCUACCAGCCCAAGUCACCAUCCACAAAAACGCCUGGCCCGGUUCAUGAGACAGAUGUCUCAUUUUACAAAUGCACAGCCCAUCGAUCCUGUUAAACAAAAUGUCAAGAACGCAAAAACGAAAAAGGAUAUUGCUGAAACAGAUGCCCUCUAUCGUGCCGUUCUCCGUAAGCUGGAGACUCUCCGGCUGAAGCACCUCUCUACAAUCGACUUUGCGGAAAAGGCACUCCUUGCUCAACUUCAGGAAAAGUCUGAAAUCAUAAAGACGUGCCUAGCAGUUGUCAUUGAUUCGGAGAUUAUCAGUACAGAGAACACCAAAGAAAGUGUCAAGGACAUUGGCGUUCUCGCAGAAAAAAUUGAGCCCCAGAGUGAUACCAAGGCCUUUGAGAUCGAGAUCGCAAAGCAACCUCUUCCAGCGCCACCAAAAAAUUAUUACCACAAUUAUUAUGUUGGUAUGUCCAAAGAUAUGAUCUUUGGUCUGUCAUUGACAGAGUAUGCUUUGUAUCACGAUGGACGCUCUCCUCCUCUUAUUGUGACUCGCUGUAUUGAUGCUGUUGAGCGGCUGGGUGGUUUGCAUCGGGAAGGCAUAUAUCGGGUAUCUGGUCGCCAAAGUGCUAUUGACAAGUUGAGACAAUGCUUUGAGCGUGAGGAGGAGGCGCUUGAAUUUGGUAAAGGUGAUGCUCCGGCAGAUGUUCUUGCUAUCGCUUCCAUUCUCAAGAUCUAUCUUCGAGAGUUAUCUGAGCCUGUUUUCAAGUUCAAAUUAUCAGAUCGCUUAAGCUAUUCCAAAAUUCCUGAUAAGGAACUGCGUAUAAUGAAUCUUUUGACACGCAUCCUCCACUUAGAGUCACCAAACUAUGACACAUUGAAAGUACUGAUUCAACAUUUGGCCAAUGUAUCUUCACAAGCUGAGAUAAACAAAAUGAAUAUCCAAAAUCUGUCAGUCAUGUUCACUCCAGCCAUUUUCCAGGACCAUAACAAAGGAAGCUUACCGGGUGAAUGGGGAAGCGAUUGUGUAUUGGAAGACCUUAUUCAAAACCAUGAAACCUUAUUCGCCAACAAAGAUCUCCGAAGUCAGACAGCAAUUACUGGAGGUAUUGAACUCAGCGACGAACGCAAUAUCAAGAAUUAUGCAAGACGACCAAGCAGUGCAGAGCUCUCUCCAGUGAUGACCAUUCAUACCGAGGAAGAUUAUGGCGAUAUCUUUAAAGAUGAAGAUUUGGAGCCUGUGGAAAGCUACGUCAACAGUGAUCUGGUUGGAGUUGACGGAAAAUAUCUUGUAUCGCCUGUGUCGCCUGAAGUAGCACGGACGCCUGACCUUUCACCACUUCCAUCUCCUAUUAGCCCCGAUGUCAGUCAAUCACACGCUGAAAUGGAAGAAAGCAAAGAUAGGGUGACUGAAGCGAUUAGUCGUCAGCAAGCACGCACAGGAGUGCCUAAAUUCCGUACAAGAUCUCAGGACCUUAAAAUCAACACCAGUGCUUUCAAGUUCUCGCACUCCAAUACUUCGGGUUCGUUGCACACAUCGCCUAUUGAUAUGGCAUUCACCGCCCCUGUGGGACAUGCACCAACCUAUACACCCAAUGAACCCAAGACUCCUGUAUCUCCUAAAUUGACACGCCGUCCUAAAUCUGUGAAACGACGAGUUACUGGAAAGCGCGAAAGUUCGGCUGAUCAGUCGCCUGACGCUGUUGCCGUUGAAAGCAACUCGCUACCGGUGCCUCCUAUCCCCACCAUUCCAAGAGAACAUCAUACUACUCUUUAGUCGCUAAAUUUCCAUGUCUACGUAGAAACUACAUCCCAGGUUAUACUUAUUACCACUACUUAACUACAGCCACUUUGUAUUUUGUAUUAUUUCAUCUAUGUCCACUGCCCCCAUUAUUAAAGUCAUGUCAUGCAGACAGCACGUCGUGCUUUGAACUUUUCCCCGGAGCAUUUCUUUAAU